GCAACAGGACAGUUUUAUAUAUAGUGCUAUAUGUCAUAUCGCAAUGGGGUGCUUGCUUGAUCUUGGAUUAGAUAUGUCAUGGACGAACGAAUAUGAUAUCUUACAUGUAACAUUUGAUCGACUGGAUGUUGUUUGGGUGUAUUGCAUCGUACGAAAUAAAUUCGAACGAAUUAACUUGUUUCAUGUUCGCCGCCAUCUUGGAUAUUGUGUUUUUCUUUUAUGAGGCUGGGCAGUGUGAAAAAAAAAUAAAGGUCUUUUGUGCAUAAUAUAUGUCCAAAAGCACAAUGAGUGCUGAAUCAAAUGAUACCUCAGGAGGUGAUGGUGUAGUUAAUGUGUUGGACGACAUUUUGGAAGGACACACUGGAGAUGAUGAUUUAAGUGCAGAAAUUGUAGAAGAGGAAAAACCAGAACCAGAAAAGCCUGUUGAAGUGAAAAAGCCUCGUAUGGGAACACCAGGUACUAGAAAAAGUAAGAAAAAAGCCCAAUCUGCAACAGCAAAACGUUUGGCAGCCCAGCGUGCUGCAGAAUUGAAGGCAAAGGCUGCAAAAGAAGAAGAGGAAAAGGGGGCCACAGUAAUAGAAAAUGUUGACCAGGACCAACAGGUUGCCGGUGAAAGUACGGAGAAGUUAGUCGAGGAUCCACCAAGACAAGAAUCGCCCAAAAAGAAAACAGUGUCAAAGACCAAGGCAAAGGAAUCAAGCAAGACAAAAACGAAAUCUCCAAAAGUCAGCAAAUCUCCAAAGAAGAAAGUAUCUACUGAAAAUAUCUCACAAGAUGAAGAAAAUGAGUCCACUGAAGGUGAGAAAACACAGGAAGAAGGAGAGACAACAGAGCCACGCCCCAUCCCAGAGCCCAUAGAUGCUCAGGAUUAUGACACUCGCAGUGAGGCAGGCUCCAGUGACGGAAGCUUAAACAAUGACGAGUCAGGAGAAUCAGACUUGGAUGGAGAAGGAGAAGAUUCUGUACCUGAAAAAAAGAAGCGGAAAACUAGAGACAUCUCUCCCAUAGAGUGGGAUAGAAAGAGUGAGGGGAAAAGUGAGGAAGAGGAAGGAGAAGAAGAAGAUGGCAAAAGUGAUGAUAACAAAAGUGAAAAAUCAGAGGACUCCACUGUUAGAAGAAUGAGUUCGAAGAUGAAAUACAUCUUCCGUGGAGCAAGAUACUUUGUGAUCAAAAGCAACAAUCAUGAAAAUGUGGCCCUAGCCAAAGCUAAGGGUGUCUGGUCUACACCUCCCCAGAAUGAAAUCCGUCUGAACAAUGCCUACAAGAGUUGUGAUAAUGUGAUACUCGUAUUUUCUGUCAGGGAAAGUGGAAAGUUUCAAGGUUUUGCACGCAUUGCUGAUGAAUCCACAAAAGACCAUCCUCCAAUUCGGUGGGUGCUGCCCCCUGGUUUGAGUGCAAGAGCACUUAGUGGUGUUUUUAAGCUUGACUGGAUCAACAGGAAAGAUCUUGCUUUCACAAAGACCCAACAUCUUCAUAAUGCAUGGAAUGACAACAAACCAGUAAAGAUUGGAAGAGAUGGACAAGAAGUGGAACCAAGAUGUGGAGAGGCUCUCUGUAAAAUGUUUCCUCCUGAUGAAAAUGUGGAUCUUUCAUCCAUUGCAAGAAAAGCUCGUAAAUCUGCGCGCAGUGGAGGAGGACAUCCGGAGAUAACAGAAAGAAGAAUUCGUGGGGGUUAUCGGGGGCGUCAUGAUUUCAUUAGGCAUAGACCGUUCAGAGAUGACUUCUAUGAUCAGGACAGGAGAAAGAGAGGACGAGACGAGAUGGAGCAUGGCAGAGGUUUCUAUAACAAAGACAGAAGAAUGGACAGAUCACAAAGAUAUGGAGUCCGGAGGGAAACAUUCAUCAAUGGGCAUGGUAUGGUACAUCGUCCAGACCGAUGUGAGUCAUACAGCGACUACAUAAGGGAAUUCACCCACAGCAGAGCACCCCCACCCCCCAUGCCACCUUAUGGACCACCUCCACCAGGAUUUGCCAUGGAUCCCAUGAUCCCUUACAGUGGUCAUUAUGAUCAAAGACCAAGAGAAUACAUGAUGCCCUCCCCAGAAUUCAGCAUGGCCUCUAUCUCGAGAUCCAGAGCAGACAAAAGAUCUGCAUACCAUACUAUGAACAGAGCUGCCAACCCUCACGAUUUUAGCUAUGAGAGGGAUGUUGAUGAUUUCCUGAGGAGAACUACAGAAGGAAGUAGACGCCGUCGACACAGCAGUGGUGAUCGCGAUCGCAGUCGAGAACGGGACCACCAUCGACACCGAGAGCGCAGAUAACAUUGCUGACCAAAUCCGUAUCAUUCAUUGUGCAAUGUACAUGUACUUCAUUUACAUUGAAUUUAUUAGUCAUUGAUGUCCAAUGUCAUUUUAAAUACACUGUACAAAUAUAGAUAUGUGUAUGUACGUGUGUGUUUUAUGUGAGUGUAGAUGUAUAUAUAGUCGCACACACACGUGAAAAUGAAACUUAAGUUGCCCUCUUUGUUUGCUUUGCAUGGUAAAGUGCCAUAGAGUUUGGUUAGUCCCUGUUGUGAGUAAGAUGGGGUAGUAAGUGAACAAGUUGCACAGUACUUAUUAUGACUGUUUGGAAAUAUGGUUACAAGUUGUAACUUUCAUUAUGCACAUACAUUGCACAUAUUUAUGAACAGGUACAUGUAUAUGCAUUUUUGUUCCAUUGUAAUUACACUGCCAUCAUUUGUACCAGUUUGGAUAAGAGUCUACAUUUUUAUUUCAUUACUAAAUUCAUCAUCUUAUUGCUGUCAUUAUUUGUAAUAAUCUGGAUAAAUAUAACCAUUUUUAUACAGUUCAUUAUUAAAUUUUCCGUUUUAUCAUCGUAAUUAUUUGUUCCAGUUUGGGUAUUUAUAUGUUUCAUUACUAAGUAUGAAAUACUACCCGGUACUGUUAGCAAGAUCUUGGGGAAUAACUUAAUAGGUAUAGAGAGCCGUGAGUACAAGUUUGGUUGUGUGCAUUGUAAGGUUUGUACAUUUCUUUUGUAAGAUACGACACGAGGGCAGGAUUAUACUUUAUCUCUGUUGUACAUUUUGCACAUAAGUACAGUGUAUUAUAAAAGAAAUAUCUUUAUCUGAAUUUAUUUGUGAAAUAAACAAUUAAUUUUG